AUGAAGACUCAGAUCCUCUUCGCGACGCUCACCAGCGUCGCUCUGGCCGCCCCUGCCUGCCCCCCGGCCGGCUCGACCGAUAGCCAGGGCCGCUACUCCUGCAAUCCCGCCCAUCAAUACCCCAACGGGCAGACGUGCGAGGUCGUCGACGGCUGCUACUACCUCUUCGCCAACGGAAAGCCCGUCAACAACGCUCCCUCCUCCGUGACUUCUGCCACCUCCACAAAGCCCACGCAGUCUGCCACCUGCCCGGCGCCCGGCUCGACCGACGGCCAAGGUCGCUACUCGUGCAACCCAGCACACCAGUAUCCCAAUGGCCAGACCUGCAACGUCAUCGACGGCUGCUACUACCUCUGCGAUAGCAACGGCAAGCCCAUCUUCAAUGGUGUCUCGACUACGGCCACCUCCACCCAGCCGACUCAAUCUCCAGCCUGCCCGGCACCCGGCUCGACGGAUAACAAGGGCCGAUAUUCAUGCAACCCAGCACACCAGUACCCCAACGGCCAGACCUGCAACGUCAUCGAUGGCUGCUACUACCUCUGCGAUAGCAAUGGCAAGCCCGUCUCCAACUCCGUGAGCUCGGCCACCCCCACCCAGACCCCAACGUGCCCGGCACCGGGCUCGACCGACAACCAGGGUCGCUACUCCUGCAACCCGGCCCACCAGUACCCCAACGGCCAGACUUGCAACGUCAUCGACGGCUGCUAUUAUCUCUGCUCAAACGGCAAGCCUAUCUCCAACACCGUCUCUUCUGCACAGCCCACGCAGACCCCCACGUGCCCGGCCCCAGGAUCCACGGAUAGCCAGGGACGGUACUCGUGCAACCCUGCUCAUCAAUAUCCCAACGGCCAGACUUGCAAGGCAAUUGGUGGUUGCUACUUCCUCUGCGACAGCAAUGGCAACCCUAUCAACAACAACCCGACCGCUCAGCCCACCAAGAGCAGUCCCAGUGCCCAGCCAGUUACCCCGACCCGCACUGGCGUUCCUGUCGUCACUGCUGGUGCAGCUCACGUCAAGGGCGCAGGAAUGCUGGUCCUUGCAGCGGUCGGUCUGGCUCUGUAA